GGGAUCGAACCUGCAUCUUCAUGGAUACUAGUCAGAGUCUUAACCUGCUGAGCCACAACAGGUACACUGGCUUUUAUAUUUUAACUGUGCUGGAAGUGGCUGUGUUCAUGUCAUUCGCCUUAAAUCCCCCAGUAUUAUUGUUUGUUUAAUGAAUGGGUUAAAUGGAAAAUAUUGAAAGUAAGAUGUCAGGCUAUCAAGGACAGACUUCAAGAAGCAAACCUUGUCAUCAUGGCUGAUAUAUCUGUGCGGUUCUUAACUUUUUCACAUUUCAAAACAGUAACUUCAGCAUGUUUGAAGCAAUAUUGGUGGCGUUAAGGUUACUGCGUGGCUUCCCAAUGAAGAUAAGUUGAAAUCACAUCCUUUAACAUACAGUGAUUCAAUUAGUCGGUUAAGUAAACACCGAUCCCCGUUAUAUAUGACAAAAAGGAUUUCAGGUUCUGGGAAACUUGGAAAGUACUGAACUUGGGUUUGUCUCCGAGGGUGCAGUAAACGGUGAGGCCUCUGGGCGUCGCUGUUCACCACUCAAGGAGGAAACGGCCGCUAGUCCACGUCCUCGCUUCCAAAGAGCCAGGAACCAGCAAAUCACACCCAGAAGAUCGGGGGCUGUUUCCAAGCUCAGCCUCGCAGCCAGCCAGCUCCGCGACGUAUAAAUUAGGCCCAUGAAAGGCUUAGUUCCUUGAGAAAAUAAGAUCGGAGUCCGUGGUGGGAAAUUGGAACCCAAUUCAGAGAAAAGAAUUCACCAAAAAGGAAAUGCCCCGUUACCUGAGACUCGGAAACCGCGGGGGACUGGCUCUGCUGUGCGCGCUUCUGGGGACGCUGUGCAAGACCGGAUGCGGGCAGAUCCGCUACUCGGUGCCAGAGGAACUGGAGAAGGGCUCCUUCGUGGGUGACAUCGCCAAGGACCUGGGGCUGGAACCUCGAGAGCUGGCGGAGCGCGGAGUCCGCAUUAUUUCGAGAGGUAGGACGCAGCUCUUUGCUCUGAACGCGCGAAGCGGCAGCCUAGUCACCGCGGGCCGCAUAGACCGGGAGGAGCUCUGCGCCCAGAGCGCGCGGUGCCUAGUAAAAUUUAACAUUUUGGUUGAAGACAAAUUGAAGAUUUUUGAAGUAGAAAUAGAAAUUAGAGAUGUUAAUGACAAUGCUCCUGAUUUUCUAACAAAGGAUUUGGAAAUAAAAAUUGGUGAACUAACGGCUCCUGGAACUCGAUUUCCACUUAAGACUGCGUUUGACCCGGAUGUGGGCAUGAACUCUCUGCAGAACUAUCAGCUCAGCCCCAAUGAUUACUUCUCCCUGGCGGUGAAGAGUGUCUCUGAUGGGACCAAGUACCCAGAGCUGGUGCUGGAGCGGGCCCUGGACCGUGAGGAAAAGACAGUUCACCAGCUUGUCCUCACUGCUUCUGAUGGCGGUGACCCCGUCCGUUCUAGCACCUUGUGCAUCCAAGUGAUAGUUCUGGAUGCAAAUGACAAUCCACCAGUAUUUACUCAGCCUGAGUACCAAGUAAGCGUUCAGGAGAACUUGCCAGUCGGCACCCGGCUGCUCACAGUGAAUGCCACCGACCCUGAUGAUGGAUUCAAUGCUCAAGUGUCCUAUGUACUAGACAAAAUGCCUGGAAAAAUCGCUGAGAUUUUUAAUCUCGACUCAGUGACUGGAGAUUUAUCAAUAUUAAAAAGUCUAGAUUAUGAGGAUGCUACGUUCUAUGAAAUUAAAAUUGAAGCACAAGACGGACCGGGUCUCCUUUCCAAAGCUAAGAUUCUGGUCUCAGUUCUGGAUGUGAAUGACAAUGCCCCGGAAGUUACAAUUACUUCUCUCACAGGCUCAGUCCCAGAAGAGGCUAAUGGGGGAAGGGAAAUUGCCCUCAUCCACGUGCAUGACCGAGAUUCUGGGCAAAAUGGACAAGUCACAGUAUUUGUCCUGGGAAAUAUGCCAUUUAAUUUAGAAAAAUCAAUAGGCCAAUAUUACCGCUUAGUGACAGCCAGAUCCCUGGACCGUGAACAGGUGUCUGAAUAUAACGUCACUCUCAGAGCUACUGACGGGGGACGUCCUCCUCUGUCCACGGACACUCAUAUCACCCUGCAUGUGGCCGACAUCAAUGACAACCCGCCUACCUUCCCUCACGCCUCCUACUCUGCCUACAUUCCCGAAAACAACCCCAGAGGUGCCUCCAUCUUCUCUGUGACCGCCCAGGACCCUGACAGCAUUGAAAACGCCCACAUCACCUAUGCACUGAUGGACGAGACCAUCCAGGGGGCGCCUCUCUCCACCUAUGUCUCCAUCAACUCCGAUACAGGUGUACUGUAUGCCCUGCGCUCCUUCGACUAUGAGCAGGUUAGAGACCUGCAGCUCCUGGUGAUAGCCAGUGACAGUGGGGACCCUCCACUCAGCAGCAACGUGUCCGUGAGCCUCUUCGUGCUGGACCAGAAUGACAACAUACCUGAGAUUCUGUACCCCGCCCUCCCCAUGGAUGGAUCUACCGGUGUAGAGCUGGCACCCCGCUCUGCAGAGCCGGGCUACCUGGUGACCAAGGUGGUGGCGGUGGACAGAGACUCGGGCCAGAACGCCUGGCUGUCCUACCGCCUGCUCAAGGCCAGCGAGCCCGGGCUCUUCGCGGUGGGGCUGCACACGGGCGAGGUGCGCACAGCGCGGGCCCUGCUGGACAGAGACGCCCUCAAGCAGAGCCUGGUGGUGGCGGUCCAGGACCACGGCCAGCCCCCCCUCUCGGCCACUGUCACGCUCACCGUGGCUGUGGCUGAUAGCAUCCCAGAUGUGCUGGCUGACCUGGGCAGCCUCAAGCCUUCAGCGGACCCCAACGACUCGGGCCUCACGCUGUACCUGGUGGUGGCGGUGGCGGCGGUCUCCUGUGUCUUCCUGGCCUUUGUCAUCGUGCUGCUGGCGCUCAGGCUGAGGCGCUGGCACCUGUCGCGUGUGCUGCAGGCGUCAGGAGGCGGACUGGGUGGCGUGCCCGCGUCCCACUUCGUGGGCGUGGACGGGGUGCGGGCUUUCCUGCAGACCUAUUCACACGAGGUGUCGCUCACCGCGGACUCGCGGAGCCACGUGAUCUUCCCGCAGCCCAACUAUGCGGACACGCUCAUCAGCCAGGAGAGCUGUGGGAAAAGCGAGCCUCUCCUGAUAUCUCAAGACUUACUUGAAACGAAAGGAGACUCCAAGCAACUUCAGAACGCAGAUGCGGCUCUUAUGCACCCUCAAAACACCUAACGAACAAGUACUACCCUCACCUCUCCAAAGUCCAAGGUGCU